AUGGUUUUGAUUCAAAUUAUUGUUUAUAUCAUAUCAACUGAACUUAAUCCAAUUACUACACUCUACAAACAAAUAACAGCGAAUGUAAAAGAUAAAAGUCAAGUUCAAAAAGCUAUUGAAUCAUUUAUUAUAUUUAUUGUACAAAAUAUUCUUUUAUAUCUCAAUACAUGGGCUCCAUUUUUUAUCUAUUAUGCAACAUCUUCUAGUUUUCGAACUGCUAUUACACGUCUAUUCAAAAAUAAUUAUCGAAUUCAACCAAUCAACACUACUUUACAUAAUCAUACAAUGACUAUAAGCCACGGCAAUCAUGCACGGUAG